CACCAACCUCAGAGCUUAAUCAACACCUCUCCAAGCCCUCAUCUUCCUUCUCCUCUAGGUCUGAUAUAGCUGAGUGCAGGCUCGUCCUGCGCAGCGCCCAAUCUCCGCACAAAAUGCCGAAACGUAAGCUCCCUCCGACCGAAGAACCCUCCGAACCACAAGAAGUAUCUCAACCUCGGCCUUCAAAACGUUUACGUUUCGCAAACGUGGCAUAUAACCCACCUUCCCGCGAUAUUCUCACCACGAUCUCCUCCGAGCUUCUACUGCGAAUAUUAUCCUUCCUGUCGUCGUCAGAGUUACUGAAUAUCUCUCCCACUUCACAGCGUCUUUACCGCCUUGCGUCGGAUCCUCAUCUCUGGCGCGAACAUUACUACGAGCGCUUUGUCCUGCCGCGCGCUUUACGUAUACCUGGAUUUAGACUCGGUGGAGCUGAAGGAACCAAGUUACAGUAUUCUUCGCGACGAGCUGUAUGGGCAGAUGGACGAAAAGGAAGAGCGCCGCAGGAUGAGGUUCUGAGAGAGAGCAAUAAGACCGAGAGCGUCGACUGGAAGAGACAGUAUAAGUUACGUCACAACUGGGCCAGAGGAAAAUGCGCAGUGGAAGAGGUCAGCGUACGAGAUGCGCCCGAUGAGAAUGGAGGACAGAAGAGGACGUUAGUCAAGGUCGUGGAGGGCAUUGCAAUAACGGCCGAUUCGGAAUCUGGACUGCGCGCAUGGGAUCUUCGAACGCGGCGACCGAUUGCGCAGCUCAACUUGCACGAGGAAAACGAAAGCGACGAUAAUGCACCGACAUCACUUGCGGUGGACGAAAACGGUCCUGGAACAGUAGUGGAUAUUGUAGUGGGAUUCGCAGAUGGCGGCUUCGGACUUUGGCGGUUGAACCUCGAGCGGCAAGAACUAUUACGGAGAUAUCGGCACGAGAAAAGUUGCAACGGAGAACUUGUCGCUGUCGCUUGUGGAUAUCCUUAUGUCCUAACAGCGACCACAGCGGGUUUAAUAUCGCUAUACACGUUCAACCGCCCAGAUGACAAAUCCUCGGACGACGCUGCGAAUAGUGUCAACGACGAACCGUCAUCGAAAGCGACAGCGACAGCGACAGAGAAACCACCGAGCGCGAUCCUCCCGCCUCCAUAUCUCCUCACGUCGCUCAAGUCGCACACCACCCACUUGCCACUCGCUCUAUCGAUACGGCGCAUGUCGUCCUCUGUGAGCGCCUCCAUCGCCUACACCUUCUCUGCCCGAGAAGGCUGGUGUAUCGGCAUUCAGGACUUGCUGAUAACGCCGUCAGCCGAUGGCUCCGACGUCGACACAAUAUCCUCCCGCCUCGCAUCGACACUCCCCAUUGCAGCCUCUGGCGGCGCUGACUCUACUCAAACCAAUGAGUCACGAUCAGGGCUUACGACUCUUUGCUACAGCCACCCGUAUCUUCUCGCCACGCUACCAGACAACACUCUCGUCCUAUACCUUUGCACGUCGACUGCGACAUUCCUAUCACUAUCCCUGGGUAUCCGCCUCUGGGGCCACACAUCAGGCAUCUCAGAUGCGGAGAUCACACCGCGGGGUAAGGCUGUGAGCAUUAGCACGCGAGGAGACGAGAUCCGCGUAUGGGAGCUGGAGGGCCGCGGCGGAGGCAGCAGCAUCGAGGUACGACCUACGAGCAGGCAGCCAGCCGAUGACGCAGGCAUCCCUACAUCGGCGCCAAGGGCUGAGUGGGAAGACCGCAGGAACUGGGUUGGCUUCGAUGAUGAGAUGGUCAUCGUUCUCAAAGAGGCGCGAGACGGUCGCGAGAGUCUGAUGGUCUACGACUUUACAUGAUCCCAAUUGCCUCACGCCGUCAUAUUUGACGUGCCAGAAGAAGCAUCACCAUGACCACAUUGGGACACGCGCAACAGGAGACUCUGUCGCGACUUUGCCGGCAAUGGCAAUCGCCGCCGCCUCCAGUUCACGCCACGCUCCAGGGGAGAAAUUCCGGUCACCCGUGGCAUGUUGAGAAUUGCAGCGCUCUGGAACUCACAUCAUCCGGGAGCAUGGGAAGAACCUCUCUGAUAGUCCUGGAAGCCACCACCACAAACCAAUCGUCUUCAGUUGAGGCUCCUGGGGUCAAGGCAGCACGGCUGAAAAGUCCUAGCAAGCCUAGCUGGCGCAAAAACAAAGACAACCUUGGUAGACACCACGACACGAGCAAGGGCACGAAAUAUAUCGAUUGGCUCCGAGAUGACAAUCGCGACAACUGAUAGCUUAUUGCUUGGGCGUUACAAUUAAACUCUGAGCGGCAUUCCCACCGACAGACGGCCCUUCGCGGCGACUGGUUAGCACGACGCCUCAAGGCUGAAGCAGCGCCAGGCACGUCCCUUUGCUAGCUGGAGUUUAUUGAACGGCAUGAAAAGCCAAUUCAAACAAAAAACAAGGCAACUCCAAAACCAAGGUCGUACAAAAGCCGCAUCCGCAUCUCGCCCGUCAGGGGGUGGCUGUAAGAAGCCAAACUCUCUCCGGCGUAGCAUCUUAACCUGAGGCCAGCUGGGAUGACUUGUCAAAAAGCUUAGAGUAGCCAACAAUUAUCCCAACGCCGCAAAUAGAAAUCGUUCCUUGAAAGGGCAGAUCUUCAAAGGCCCCUCGUUUCUGAAACGACAUCCAUUGAGUUGAGUCAAUAAAACACUGGAAGUUUACUGGGAGAAGCCCCAGCUAAAUUGGCGUUGCAUGCCAUGUUAUGCAUUAUGUGGCUCCACGGCAUGAAACAAAACCAAGGUCGUACUGACAGCGCAUCAGAGGAAACAAGGGAAGGAAAGGGAAGAGGCGAGAGGCCUACGGACGGAGUAGACAGACAGUACCGACUGGUAGCUAUCAAUUGCAUUGCACCUUGCCAUUCAAAACGGUAGACGCGUU